AUGCCGUCCAAGCCAAGAUCACGACCAACAACACCAUUAAGGCGGAUUGAAAAGGGAGGAUUAUCACAUUUAUCAGCAUCAUGGAGUCGCCAAGAUCCAUUUCCUCUUGAUGCACUUGCACCAGCAUUUGCAGAGAUGGCAGAUGCAUUGACAGAUGUGCAGCACAAUUUUGAACAUAUACAGUCGAUUCACGCAAAUCUCGUGCAUUUUAAUGAAAGCUUUGCUUCAUUUUUGUAUGGGCUUAAUAUGAAUGCCUUUUGUGUUGAUUUUCCUGAGGCACCCGUCCAUCAGUCAUUUAAACGUGCAGAAAAUGACUCCCGUUACACAGAUACAUCUUAUUCAGGCAUAUUCAAUGCACCUGGUGGUGUACCGUCCAACGUUUCCAGCAGCCGCCUAGAUGUAUCGGCUGAUACGACUUUCACGACCAACGAUACAUCUUUUGUUGAACGCCCAUCAAAAAAUACACGUCAGAUACCUCCUUCAACUCCAAAAUUAUCUGCGAAAUCUACCCGUUCUGCACGCCAGUCUUCUUUCAAGUCUAAUGCACCACACACCACUUCAUCUACUGCUCGGCCACAUCUCCGGUGA